GUGAGCUGUACGGAAGAUUACCGGCUGGGCUGGCCAGCGCUCGGGCAGCGUGAGCUCGGCACGCUUCACGCCGAACUAACGAUGAAUGCCGCCGGCGUUGCCCGCGCACACGUACAGCAAUUGCCUUUCAAGCGACACACAACCAUCGUUUUCGACCAUUCUUCGCAAGAUCACAUCUCCGGCAAGAAUGCUUCUCCUCAGCAUGCCAGACAGAUCAUUGGCGAACUGUGCGGCGCGCAAGAUCGCGUUGCUCCUGACGCUGCUUCUCACUUCGCCGACUUAGUGAAUCAUCUCCGCGGAUUAUCUGCUACGGAGAUAGUGUCCGUUUCCAGCCCAGGAUGCGGUGCAUUCGCCGAUGCUCUGGCCGCCUGCGCGUCGCAGUCAUGCUUGGCGCACCUAGGCAACUUAAUAAACGCAGGAGCCGCACCGGAAUCUGUCUAUUCGUCGCUCUCUCUAGUACCAGCUCCCGAAGAUGGCAUCGUGGAUUCGGUGGCCUCAUUCAUUGAUCGAGUUCCACUUCACGGCCUACUACCAGUCUCAUCAAUGGUCCAGUCCUACUGUAAUGGCCAUCCGGAGUGCGGAAGGAAUCCAUCGGUGCAGCGCAUCAUACAAAGCAUCGUGGCGAAGCUUCCAGCUGGCUGUCGAGUUGGAGAGCGAUUCGACGAAAUCGAAAAGACUGUUAUUAUUCUAAAAUCUGUUGGGAAUAUUGCCAACGAACAGCACUCGUUGCCGUCCAUACUGGCCUGUAUCGAUAAUCAGCAUAUCCCGAGAGAUGUGAAGCUUGCAGCGAUCAAUGCAUUACGCAGAAAACCGUGUAGUCAACAACGGAAUGAUAAAAUCAGUAAAUUGUAUCGCGAUCACAAGGAGGAUGUUGAAGUUCGAAUAGAAUCAUUUCGGCAGCUCAUGCAGUGUCCAAGCGAUGACAUAGUGCAAAAUAUCGUGGACGCUCUCCGUAAUGAGACUAUUAACCAAGUUGGCUCAUAUGUGUGGUCGUUUCUGAACACAAAACGGCGGUCAACAAAUCCAGGGUCUUACGAUCUUCAAAACGUACUAAAGCGCUUUCAUAUUCCUCAACGUUUUGACGUUGAUCCGCGACGCUUCUCGCGCUAUUACGAAUUUGGUUAUUUCGACAAAGAGCGAUCAUUUUUUGAAAAUGACCAGUUGUUCAAUGAGUAA